AUGUGUUGGAUUUUACACAAUAAUUAUGGAAUUAAUACAGUUCUACAUCUACUAGAUGAUUUCUUAACAAUCGACAGACCGUCAGCAAAUGCCGACGCUACUAUGAAAACUUUAGUUUCCGUGUUUGCUUCACUUGAAAUUCCGAUCGCAAAACAUAAAACUUUAGGACCGGUAACAUGCAUCGAAUACUUGGGUAUAAUAUUGGACACUAUUCGUAUGGAAGCUAGAUUACCCGAAAAUAAAUUAUGUCGAAUUAAGGAAUACCUAUUGUUUUUCCUCAAUCGCAAAACAUGUACAAAACGUGAGAUGUUAAGUUUAUUGGGUCAUUUAAAUUUUGCUAUGAGAGUCAUUAUUCCUGGGAGAUCGUUUAUAUCUUAUCUACUUAACAUAGCUCACUCUGUUAAAGAACUUCAUCACCAUGUCACUUUAAAUUCUAGUUGUAGAAAUGAUUUAUCAUUGUGGCAUAAGUUCUUAGAUCAGUGGAAUGGAAUUUCUUUCUUUAUUGAUGAUAAUAUAGUAAAUGCGUCCGAUUUUGAUUUAUAUACUGAUGCUGCGUCAACCGUGGGAUUUGGAGGUUAUUUCAAAAAUCGAUGGUUUCAAGCGUUAUGGCCCAUAGAAAUGAAAUUAGAUAAGGAAUUAUCAAUGUCUAUGGCUUACAUGGAAUUAUAUCCUAUAGUAAUUGCUGCUAUUAUAUGGGGUGAUGAGUGGUCAGGGAAGCGUAUUCUAUUUUACUGUGAUAAUAUGGCAACAGUUUUAAUUAUAAAGAAAGGAAGAUCAAAAUCAUUAGAAAUUAUGAAAUUAAUGAGACGUCUAACUUGGUGUUCCGCAAAAUACAAUUUUAUUAUUCACGCUACUCAUGUAGCCGGAAAAUGUAAUACUAUAGCUGAUGCUCUCUCUCGAUUUCAGAUGGAUCGUUUUCGUCAACUGUGUCCGACAGCAUCAGUGGAACCUUGUCACUGCCCGCCCCACUCAGAAAUUCUGUGGAAUUAA